GACAGACCCCAACUCCCAGCUUCCCUGGCCUCCGCGGGUUCGCAGACUGGGAACCCCGGGCCAGGAGUGCUGGGGGCGCGGUCGGCCAGCCCCAGCUUCCUGCAGGGAGCGGCGGAGCUCCUUCUCCUCCUCUGCACGGCACUUCUCACAGCCUCAGCAUCGCGUCCACGCUGCCGCCCGCCCCGCCUCGGAACCGUAACCUCCAGGAGCUGGGUUGAGGAAGGCGGGGAGGACAGGAACCCCGGCGCCGGCAGCUAAGCCUCCAGACGGAGCCCGCCCCUCCGACCGGUUCCUGCCUCCCAUUGGCCCGCGAGCCCGUCCGUCUCCACCGUGGGCCGCGCCUUCCCGGCCCCGCGCCUGGCCGGCUCCUCGCGCCCUCCCUUCACCCGGCCGCUCGUUGGGCUACCUCUGGGUGUGGGGCCGCCCGCGCCAGCGUGAGCCUGAGCUGGCGGCGGCUCCGGGAGGCUCGCAGAAGGGGAGGGCCGGGCGGCGCCGGAGCUGAGCAUCGCCAGGGCGGGCGGCAGGGCGCGGCCUCUCUGCCGGCUGCACCACCUGUCGCGGCGCGAGACCUCUGAAUUCUGCAAGUUUACCCUCCCCCACUUUAUUGAUGAGAAAAAUGAAACAUCUAAGUCAGUGGCUUCCAGACUGUUGGACUUCGCCAGCAAGUAAAAAACCGUAUGUGUGUGGGACAAUUGGGACCAGACGUGAAAGAAAAGAUGUUGUCCCGGUUAAGGGUAGUUUCCACCACUUGUACUUUGGCAUGUCGACAUUUGCACAUAAAAGAAAAAGGCAAGCCACUUAUGCUGAAUCCAAGAACAAACAAGGGAAUGGCAUUUACUUUACAAGAACGACAAAUGCUUGGUCUUCAAGGACUUCUACCUCCCAAAAUAGAGACACAAGAUAUUCAAGCCUUACGAUUUCAUAGAAACUUGAAGAAAAUGACUAGCCCUUUGGAAAAAUAUAUCUACAUAAUGGGAAUACAAGAAAGAAAUGAGAAAUUGUUUUAUAGAAUACUGCAAGAUGACAUUGAGAGUUUAAUGCCAAUUGUAUAUACACCGACGGUUGGUCUUGCCUGCUCCCAGUAUGGACACAUCUUUAGAAGACCUAAGGGAUUAUUUAUUUCGAUCUCAGACAGAGGUCAUGUUAGAUCAAUUGUGGAUAACUGGCCAGAAAAUCAUGUUAAGGCUGUUGUAGUGACUGAUGGAGAGAGAAUUCUGGGUCUUGGAGAUCUGGGUGUCUAUGGAAUGGGAAUUCCAGUAGGAAAACUUUGUUUGUAUACAGCUUGUGCAGGAAUACGGCCUGAUAGAUGCCUGCCAGUGUGUAUUGAUGUGGGAACUGAUAAUAUCGCACUCUUAAAAGACCCAUUUUACAUGGGCUUGUACCAGAAACGAGAUCGCACACAACAGUAUGAUGACCUGAUUGAUGAGUUUAUGAAAGCUAUUACUGACAGAUAUGGCCGGAACACACUCAUUCAGUUUGAAGACUUUGGAAAUCAUAAUGCAUUCAGGUUCUUGAGAAAGUACCGAGAAAAAUAUUGUACUUUCAAUGAUGAUAUUCAAGGGACAGCUGCAGUAGCUCUAGCAGGUCUUCUUGCAGCACAAAAAGUUAUUAGUAAACCAAUCUCUGAACACAAAAUCUUAUUCCUUGGAGCAGGAGAGGCUGCUCUUGGAAUCGCAAAUCUUAUAGUUAUGUCUAUGGUAGAAAAUGGCCUGUCAGAACAAGAGGCACAAAAGAAAAUCUGGAUGUUUGACAAGUAUGGUUUAUUAGUUAAGGGACGGAAAGCAAAAAUAGAUAGUUAUCAGGAACCAUUUACUCAUCCAGCCCCAGAGAGCAUACCUGAUACUUUUGAAGAUGCAGUGAAUAUACUGAAGCCUUCAACUAUAAUCGGAGUUGCAGGUGCUGGUCGUCUUUUCACUCCUGAUGUAAUCAGAGCCAUGGCCUCUAUCAAUGAAAGGCCUGUAAUAUUUGCAUUAAGUAAUCCUACAGCACAGGCAGAGUGCACGGCUGAAGAAGCAUAUACACUUACAGAGGGCAGGUGUUUGUUUGCCAGUGGUAGUCCAUUUGGGCCAGUGAAACUCACAGAUGGGCGAGUCUUUACACCAGGUCAAGGAAACAACGUAUAUAUUUUUCCAGGUGUGGCUUUAGCUGUUAUUCUCUGUAACACCCGGCAUAUUAGUGACAGUGUUUUCCUAGAAGCUGCAAAGGCCCUGACAAGCCAAUUGACAGAUGAAGAGCUAGCCCAAGGGAGACUUUACCCACCACUUGCUAAUAUUCAGGAGGUUUCUAUUAACAUUGCUAUUAAAGUUACAGAAUACCUAUAUGCUAAUAAAAUGGCUUUCCGAUACCCAGAACCUGAAGACAAGGCCAAAUAUGUUAAAGAAAGAAUAUGGCGGAGUGAAUAUGAUUCCCUGCUGCCAGAUGUGUAUGAAUGGCCGGAAUCUGCAUCAAGCCCUCCUGUGAUAACAGAAUAGAAGCACUCCCCUGAUAAAUACUAUCUGUGCUCCAGUGAACCCCUUUUUUCAGACAAGAAGAGAUAAUGUCCUCAGUUUUAUGGUGUUUUCUGUGUUUUGUUCUCCCCGACCACUUUGGUUGACGUAUUUUUUCCAUGCAUCUCCACAUCUGUUGGAGUAGACGUGUUGAUUGAUUGCAUUGCCCACCAGCACCCUACAAUCAGAUAGUUGUGAUGCUUUAAUUCUAACAUACAGCCCAUACCACAUCCAGGAGAUGUAAAAAGUGUGUUUGUGAAUGUCUUCACUUGUACUCUAAUUCAGACUUGCCAAAGUAUUUGCUAUUUACUAUUAUGGGUAAUACUCUUCUCUCACCUAGUUCUUUUAGAGCUACUAAAAUAGAAAUUUACUUUUAUGGAUAGAAGUACAGAAUUUUGAGAAGAAACUAAAUUUUCACCAAAUUUUAAGGAAAAAUUGUCAGUAUCUAAAAAUGUCUUAUAUAUCUGCUUCAUCUUACCUUCAUACUCUGAAAUUCCCUUAUAGCAGACAGAGCUAGGGAAAUAUUAAAAAUUUACCCUAUUUAUUUUCUGAAACUAAAGCCUUAACUAUAACAUUAUGAGAGUAAUGGGAACUACUGCUGGCUUUGAAUAAAUAAAAGUCAUUGUUUUCAACAGUGUAUAAAAAUCAUAGUGUAACCUUUUUAUUUAAUAAAUAUCUUACAUUUAA